AUGGCGACGUGGAACAACGAUAACGUAGAAAUUCGAGAAGUUUGGAAAUCAAACUUUGCUCAAGAGAUAGAGAAUAUGAGGCUUAUAAUACAAACACACCGUUUCAUGUCCCUGGAUACUGAGUUUCCAGAGAACAUCCAUGGUGAUAGUUCAACAUACCAGACUAUGAGAGCCAAUGUGAGUUCUUUGAAGAUCAUUCAGCUUGGUCUCGCUUUUUCUGACUAUUAUGGGAACCUCCCAUUGGAUGGAAUUUUCCCACAUCGUGGCGUUGUUUGGCAGGUUAACUUUUCAGAUUUUGAUCCUUCAACAGAUCCCCACAACCGAGAUUCAAUUGAAGUGCUGAGGAUGAGUGGCAUUAACUUUCAAAAAAAUCGAGAAGAAGGAGUUUCAAUCAGCGAGUUCAGAGCCCACUUCGUUCCAUCUGGCAUAAUACAAAACAGGAGUCUCUGUUACAUAGCGUUUCAUGGCUCAAGUGACUACGCCUACUUGGUCAAAAUGUUUAGUGUAGGAAAAUAA